UGCGGCAGCGCUUCUGCCCCCGCCUCCCCCGUGAGCCAGUCCUGCCGUGACGCCGCGGCGAGCCGCACAGGCGCAGCAGCUCCUAGCGCUUGUUGUAUCCGGCCGGCCGGCCCCCUCCUCCCUCUCCCCUUCCUUCCUCCCUCCCUCCCUCCGGAGUCAUCGCAGUCGGUGCUGUCAUCGUCGCCGCUGCUGCUGUACGCGCCCUCCCUGCCCCCUGUGCGCCCGGCCGGCAGCGCCUCCGAUCUCCCUGGUUGCCCCAUGAAGCGAUGGCAGCGGCCAACUUCGUCAAGAUCCAGAUAGGGAUCUACGUGGAGAUCGAGCGCAGCGAUGGGGGAAGACUCCUCACUCUUCCCCUGCUCCGGCAUGGGGUCCCUCCCAUGGGAGACAGUCCUCCAUGAACUUCUCCAAGGCCGGAUUCACCAAGCUAUGCUAACAUCCCUAAAUGAAGAUAGUGAAAGCGUAACUGUUGAAUGGAUUGAAAAUGGAGUUAUUAAAGGCAAAGAGAUUGACUUGGAGGGCAUAUUUUCACUUAACCCAUAUCUUGCACCUGAUGAAGAUAUUGAACCUAGUCCAGAGACACCACCACCACCUAUUCCAGCAGCCAAAGUAAACAAAAUCGUGAAGAGUCAACAAACCAUGGCACCUAUUAAGAAUGACACUUCUGCCAGAGAUAACAGAGUGGUUGGUUCUGUACGCGCGCGGCCUACUCAGCUUCCUGAACAGUCUUCCUCCUCACAAGAGAAUGCAUGUAGAAAAUCUAAUUGUGUAAAAGAGGUUGAAAAAUUGCAAGAGAAACGUGAAAAAAGAAGGUUACAGCAGCAGGAACUUAGAGAAAAAAGAGCUCAGGAUGUUGAUGCUACAAACCCAAAUUAUGAAAUUAUGUGUAUGAUAAGAGAUUUCAGGGGAAGUUUGGAUUAUACACCACUGACAGCUGCAGAUCCUAUUGAUAAGCACAGGAUAUGUGUUUGUGUACGAAAACGACCACUCAAUAAAAAAGAAACUUUAAUGAAAGACCUUGAUGUAAUAACAAUUCCUAGUAAAGAUGUUGUGAUGGUACAUGAACCAAAACAAAAGGUGGAUUUAACAAGGUACCUAGAAAACCAAACUUUUCGUUUUGAUUAUGCCUUUGAUGACACGGCUUCUAAUGAAAUGGUUUACAGGUUUAUGGCUCAACCGUUAGUGGAGACCAUAUUUGAAAGGGGAAUGGCCACUUGUUUUGCAUAUGGACAAACAGGUAGUGGAAAAACCCAUACUAUGGGUGGUGACUUUUUAGGAAGGAACCAAGAUUGUUCUAAAGGAAUAUAUACACUUGCAGCUCGAGAUGUCUUUUUAAUGCUAAAGAAGCCAAAUUAUAAUAAGUUAGAACUUCAAGUAUAUGCAACAUUUUUUGAGAUCUACAGUGGUAAGGUUUUUGACUUGUUGAACAGGAAGACAAAAUUAAGAGUGUUAGAAGAUGGUAAACAGCAAGUCCAGGUGGUGGGAUUACAGGAACGGGAAGUCAAAUGUGUUGAAGAUGUUCUUAAGCUUACCGAAAUAGGCAACAGCUGCAGGACAUCUGGCCAGACAUCUGCAAAUGCACACUCAUCUCGAAGCCAUGCAGUGUUUCAGAUUAUACUCAGAAGGAAAGGGAAAUUGCAUGGUAAAUUUUCUCUGAUUGAUUUGGCUGGCAAUGAAAGAGGAGCAGAUACUUUCAGUGCUGAUAGGCAGAUACAACUGGAAGGUGCGGAAAUUAACAAGAGCCUUUUAGCACUCAAGGAGUGCAUUAGAGCCUUAGGCCAAAAUAAACCUCAUACGCCCUUCAGAGCAAGUAAACUUACUCAGGUGCUAAGAGAUUCAUUCAUAAGAGAAAACUCCCGUACCUGUAUGAUUGCUACAGUUUCUCCAGGGAUGGCAUCAUGUGAAAACACUCUAAGUACAUUGAGAUACGCAAAUAGAGUAAAGGAAUUUGGAAUUAGUCCUUCAGACAUUCCCUUCUCACAGGGUAGCAGCAGUCGCUCUGAUCUCUCUCCUUCCUAUGAGGUGAAGGGGCUGAAGAUUGGUCGUCGUACUGCAGAAGAUAUCCGUCCCACUGUACACCAUGCUCCCAAUCAGAUCGAUGACUUAGAGACACGGUGUGGUGUGGGGAGCUCUCCUCAGAGAGAUGAUCUCAAACUGCUUAGUGAACAAAAUGUGAGUGGUUUACAGCAUUACAUGGUGUUGCGUUAAAGGGUAAAGAAGUUUGGCAGAAAAUA